UAAAAUUUCGGUUUUGAGAGCUGAUUUUAUUUCAAAAAAAUUAUUUUUCCCUAAUUUUGAAAGAAAAUUUAAAAACUGUUCCGAGAUGCAUUGCAGUAAAGCGAAGAUGAUGGACAUCUCCAGUAUUAACGUGGCCCCACUUGCCAUAGUAAUGGUUGGCCUACCAGCCAGAGGUAAAACCUACAUUGCCAAAAAACUGACCAGGUACCUAAAUUGGGUCGGAUUUGAUACUAAAGUGUUCAACGUCGGUGAAUACAGAAGGGAGGCAGUCUCCCAGACAAUGAGUAAUGCCGAUUUCUUCAACCCGAACAACGCAGACGCCAGGACUAUCAGGGAGGAGGUGAAAGUCUCGAGCCCCGAUUACCAAAACACGAACAAAGAGGAGGCUAUUGAGGAUUUCAAACGCCGCAUAUCCCACUAUGAAUCCCAGUACGAACCACUGGACGACAACCUGGAUAGGCAUCUCUCCUUCAUUAAGAUAUUCAACCAGGGCGAAAAGUAUUUGGCGAACAGGGUUCAAGGCCACAUAGAGAGUCGAGUCGUUUACUAUCUUAUGAAUAUUCAUGUCCUGCCCAGAACCAUCUACAUCACCAGGCAUGGCGAGGCGGAGAUGAACAUAAGCGGUCAGAUCGGUAACGAUUGUGACCUCACAGAACAAGGGCAUCAGUUCGCGCACCACCUCGGCAACUUCAUAGCCAAGGAGAUGGGCUCCAGGAAGAAGUUGCGAGUCUGGACGAGUAUGAUGCGUCAGACCAUACAGACGGCCGUGCAAGUUGACGGCUUCGUAGAGCACUGGAAGGCUCUCAACGAGAUUGACGCUGUUCGUCUGCUGUUUUACUGGGUUUUUUUGUUUCGCUAA